AUGCGCUCCGAAUCGCUCAAGCGCUCGCUAUCCGUGUGCGCUCGGUCGUCCGAAGUCCUCAAACUCCUCUUACCCACAGUUGAGAUCCUCUCCCUCGACCUCACAUCUGAAUUUUGCGAAGCCAUCAUCCCUGUACUCCCUACCUCCGCACCCCGCCUCAAUGCUCUUGAGAUCAAGGGCAGCCCCUCCAUGACUAACAAAAAUCUUUCAGAAAUUAAGUCUCUCCUCAUCAGCUAUCCCCAUGGUCUCACAGAGCUUUCCUUGAUAUGCCAACGGCAUGAUAUCCCGAGCACUGUGCUCAACAUCAUUGCACCCUGGCCAUCUCUCCGAUCCCUCACCUUAAAGCUAGGUCUCAAAAGUAUCCCUACCGCACCUCUCCACAACCUCCAGCCCUUUGCCGCACUCGCCCACUUGCACAUCUUAUUCGAUAACACUUUGGACCGUUUCAUAUCUUUCCUACGCGCCUUCCAAAUUCUCAAUUUUAAUUCUUCCAAUAAUCAUUCCAUCACAUCCUCCAACCUUAAUACAAUCCAGUUCAAUGUAGGAGGUUGCAGCUCCGCCAACACCUGGUCCGAAUUCCUCCCUUCUCUCCUCCACACGAACACAAAGCUAGAGCAUCUAAUUAUAAAUGAGACAUGCAACUAUCAAUGCCUCCCACCCUCCUCUUUUGACUUUCGCCCCAUAGUCAUGCACCCGAGUCUUGCACACAUCAGCACCCUCAGACUUUCCCCCGGUCGCACAAUCUCGAUCAUGCUCACCGACUCCGAUAUCCUCACCCUCGCUCGUAGAUGCCCCCAUCUCCACAUUCUUGACUUGGGGUUGCGGAGUACCCCCGUGUCCUUGUAUGCUUUGAACGUCCUCGUCAGGCGCUGUCGCGAGUUGUCCGAGGUUACGCUCUGCAUGGAUGUGCAGGUCGAUGCGCUCAGAGAUGAUGAAAAACCCGAGGACGAAAUAGGUCUGCAACCUAACACGCACUUGACCAAACUGGAAAUCGGGGACUCACCUGUCGUGUACGCGGGCUCAUUGCGCUCAUCGCCAGAAUUGACGAUGUCAAUUCCGCAGUUCCUGCAUGCGAUGGCGCCAAGGCUUAAGAGCGUCAAGGAUGGGGCGUGGUCCAAUGGAACAUAUGAGAGUCCAUGGAAGGUGGUGUCGUAUGCUUUGCAGAUGAUGGUGACAGAGGAAGGAGGAGUAAUCUCGGACCGCAAACCUCACCCAUUGGACCCUCAAAUUUCCAAACGAAGAAGGCAUCGGCACCGUGUUACUGGGGCUGCGCUGGAGAAGAGCAAUGAAGAAGGGCUAUCCGACAGUUAUAGUAUGAGCACAUCAUGA